UGUCGUGCACUGCAUCGUAACAUCGACGAUAGAUUAAACGUCUGCUCACGCUGCUGCCAAUGCGAGUGUCUAUGGUGGUGCCUGUUAAUUGCAUUACUAUAGAUUUGGCCGGGCCAUGGCAGACGAAUGGGAAGUCGAGGACCAGCUUGUGGUUGUUGAAUUGUCUGGAAUAAUUGAUUCUGACUUUUUAACUAAAGGGGUUGAUAAAUGCAAGAUUUUGGGUAUUGACAGUGAACAGCCCAUAAUGCAAGUGGGAAGGUAUGUGUUUGCUGGAGAAUUUGAAGAUUCUUUAGGAUCAUGUGUCAUAUUUGAAGAAAAGAAGGAAGAAGAUGCACUUACAGAAUCCCCAUCCCAGCUGAAAUAUAAAUGUCACACAAUCAAGAAGCUAAUGAUGAAACGAACGUUUCUGUCUGAAAUUAAAGAAGGAGAGAGCCCAUCAGAAGGCAUUGAGGUUCUGCAACUAACUGAGGACAAUACCGCCCACAGAUCUAGUAGUAUCUGUAAUUAUCUUCCAGACUCUAAACGUACAGAAUCAGAAGUAAAUGCUGAUGAUAAUGAAUCUCAUGAAGAUCUGCAUCAAAGCUCAGACUCUGAUGAUGAGAUAAUGAAUACUGAGGACAGUGUCUGCUGUGAACUAGAAAACAGUAAACCUGAAUUAGAUGUGUCAAAUGUUGAAGAACAAAAACCUUACGUGGACAGUGAAUUUAGUCAGGUUUUGGAUAAAAGUGCAUCUGAUGUACCACUCAUGACCACUGCAGAGAAUAAUCCAAAUGAGGCAGAGAAUGACCUUAGCCAGGAACUGAACAGCGGUACAACAGAUUUGGAAUCAACUAGUAUAUAGUGUGAAUGUAAAAAAACCAUUACCUGAAAACAGCAUUCCACACUAGCUGAAUG